AUGUUCGGCUCCAUCCUCCGUGCUGUCGUCUCGCGGCCUCGAGUCAUCACUUGUGUCCCCCGUAUCGCGACCGCCAGCCGAACCGCCAGAUUCCAGCCCUUCUCGACGACCAUCGUAACCAUGGCAGACAUGAAUGACGGCGCUUUCAAGCACGACGCCACCGUGCCCCCAUCCAGCAACCGUGUGCUGCCCUUGUUCUCCCUCAAGGGCAAGACGGCCAUCGUCUCUGGCGCCGGCGCCGGCAUUGGCCUGCAAAUCGCCCACGCCUAUGCCGAGGCCGGUGCCAACGUCGCCAUCUGGUACAACAACAACAAAAAGGCUCUGGACCGCGCUGCCGAGAUCGAGAAGGAGUACGGUGUCAAAUGCAAGGCGUACCAGGUCAAUGUCACCUCCCACCAGGAGAUACAGGAAUCCGUCCAGCAAAUUGUGUCUGAAUUCAACGGACGUCUUGACAUCUUCGUUGCCAACUCGGGCAUUGCAUGGGAAGAAGGCCCCUUGAUCGACGGCCCAAUGGAUGUCGCCGACAGAGUCAUGGCCGUCAACGUCAACGGCACCAUCUACUGCGCCCAGGUUGCCGGUGAGCACUUCCGCCGCCAGAAGAAGGAGGGCACGACGCUCGACGGUAAGAAGCUCGAGGGCUUCACCUACGGCAGCUUCAUCGCGACCGCCAGCAUGAGUGCCCACAUCGUCAAUGUGCCGCAGUCGCAGUCGGUGUACAAUUCGUCCAAGGCGGCCGUCAUCCACCUGUGCAAGAGUUUGGCCGUCGAAUGGGUUGAUUUUGCCCGCGUCAAUACAGUCUCGCCUGGAUACAUCAAGACGGAGAUUUCGGCUUUCGCCGGAGCCGAGGCCAAGAAGCAAUGGAAGGAUAAGACUCCCAUGGGACGCGAGGGAGAACCCGGCGAGCUCAAGGGCGCGUAUCUUUACCUCGCCUCGGAUGCGGCCUCGUACACCACCGGUUGCGAUCUGGUCGUCGACGGAGGAUACUGCUUACCUUGA